AUGGAGUGGGAGCACCCCACAGUGACCCUCGAUGUUGGAACCGUCGCUGCGAAUCUACAGCGAGCUCUUGGAGAGUCGGAAUUGGUACCAGUCAGCAAUCCAGGGCUGUCUGCAACCAAGGAUGGCUCGGAGGAGCUCGAUGAAGAUGCUGCAGUUGACGACGACGGCGGCGAGUAUGAUGAUCAUGAUAACGAGAAGGCGAUGGCGAAAGGCCUAGUAGCAAAAGGAACUCGUACCGAAGUUGAACUGAGCCUUCAGGCGGUUGAGAAUUUCAUGUUCUUGAACCACUCUAGUCAGAGCUACCGCAAGACGGCUCCAUUUACGGGACCAGAAAAGUCUUUCAUGUCUUUUUUCGAGAGAGAACUCUGCAUUUUGUUCUGGCAGAACAUAAUUCUGCAGACAUAUCUUCGAGAAUUGAUACGGGAGGAUUUCCCAAGCACGAACACGCCUUUGUCCCAGUCGGAUGUAAUCUUGCGGCUUCAGUCAAAGCCUGCCGGCACCAUCAUUUCAAAGCUACUCUCGAACGUCGGCAGGGCAGGACCACGCAAAGGGUCCAGGAGUUUUAAGGACUCAACUUCUAUGAUAGACUUGGCGACGAUGCGAGAGUACAUUCAAUCCAUUCGGCAGGCCAACUCUGAUCCAAGGAAUUACACCGAACGCGGCUAUGUCCUUCGAGGCUCCAUUCAUACAGACGGGUUUCAUCUGCAGCUGCCAGCUUUCAAGAUGAAGGAACUAUAUUCGGUCAAAUACAGAGAAUAUCCUACCUUAUUGAUUGACCUCCACACUUAG